UUCAACGGGAAUUCAACGUGGAGCGUGUUCCGGCGACAAUUCGAGACCGUGGCCGAACACAACCAAUGGUCGGAGUGGGAAAAAUCGACAUACUUAAUUACUGCCCUAAAGGGUCGGGCAGCGGAAAUACUGCCCGGCAUUCCGGCAAAUACCACUUACGAGGAAACUCUUCAGGCUCUAGAGGACCGUUUCGGGGACCAACACUUUGCAGCUGCUUACCACUGCCAACUAAGAAUGAGGAUGCAGAGACCUGGAGAAUCCCUGCAAGACUUUGCCACGGCCAUUGAACUCCUUUCCCAUCGUGCCUACCCCAAUCUACCUGCUGACCACAUAGGAAGGGAGGCAGGAAAAGCCUUUGCAUACGGAAUCUGAGAUGCUGAUAUAAAGUUCCAGCUGCUGUUGGGAGGGGAUAAGACGGUAAACAAGGCCCUCCGACAAGCGCUAGAGCUGCAGGCGGUACUGGUAGCAGCCAGACCUCACGGAGAUAGCACCAGGACCGAAAAGAAGGACCUCCAAGAAAUAAACGGGAAUCGCCGGGGAAAUCAGAAUGGCUACCCAGAAACAACAGGGAAACAAGCUGGAGAAAGGAGCAACCGUCGCGAAACGAGCGAAGGCCGGCGGAGAUGGGCGAACGCCGGCAUAUGCCUUAAGGCCCCCACAUUAUGCACUCACCGACAUGACAGAGAAAGCCAACACCAGUCUGGUCACCCAGGGAUGGGUCGGUGAUAAGCCGUGUCAGGUGACAGUGGACACUGGAGCAUACGUCAUGGUAGUAAGACCGGAUAUCGCCGCCGGAUGGCCUGAGAGACAGCCAAAUCCAGAUUUCACGCUGCAGACCGUGUCUGGAGGAUCCCUACCCAUCCUGAAAGAAGUUCUGUUGACCCUUACCCUGGGGCGCCAACCGAUAACAAUGUGGGUUUUCGUCGCGAAUAUCACAGAUGAGCUCAUCCUGGGACUGGACAUACUGCGCGCCUAUGAUGCUUCAGUGGAUAUAGGGCGCCAAACUCUGCGUCUGGCGGAAGAAGAAGUAUCGCUAUGGAGUCCUGGGACAGGACCCUGUCCUUCUAGCUUAAUAGUGGCAAAGGACCAUGUGAUACCCGCACGGAGCGAGGGAAUAGUGAUGGCUAGAAUGGAGAAUCAUCUGGGAGUAGAAAAUGGUCUAAUAGAACCAAACCCCCAGGCCCACCAGCCUGAAGGAAUCUACGUCGCCAGGACCCUUGUUCAGGACUGUCAAGAAGUACCAGUGAGGGUCAUGAAUGUUACCCACAAGGACCAAAA